AUGCCUCUUGAACUGAACGGCUUCUAUUGGGACGAGGAAAGGAGACGGUACUUUCCAAACUCAUCCAAACCGCGAAUAGACACGCGCCCUAAAGAGCCUAUUAACACUUCUACUGCUUCAGCUGCUUUACAAACUUUGACGUCGCGAAAGAGAAGAAAGGUUCCUCAAUGGGACCUUACUGAUGCCUUACGCAGGUCUGCCACACAUGCAGAGAACAGUCGCGUACAACAUGAAUUGCUAUCCUCAAAUAUCGCCUCAUCUUCUCGUAUAAUGUCCUCACGGCCGCCCGUGGUCGGUAAAAUCACCGCGUUUUGUUCUACAGACCUUGAUGGCCAGCCUCGUCGGUUUUUAGGAGACGAUAGAGGGUUUCUUUACAGCUGUGAUCUCUACGACCUGGAAUGGGCUCCCCAGUUCAACUUGCACCCUUCUUCCCAGAUAUCCUCGAUAUGCUCCUCUGGGGAUUUUUGCAUUGCUACCUGCUUCGGUGCAUCCUCAAAAAUAGCUGUACAAAACCUGCGGAUGCCCAUGCGUACUACCCUGCUCACAUUGAAUCGUGUCCACGACAUAUGGACGAGCCACCUCCGGGAUCGCACUCUUGUCCUCGGUGCUAACAAAAAAGCGGUUCUGCUGCGUGACGUCGAGGCGUCGUCACCCGUGGAGCACCUGCAUACGAAUAGCGAUGUUUUCGCAAUCGAACAAAAGGACAAUCUGAUAUACACCGGGAGCCGGGGCGGCUCAAUUCUGGUAUUCGACAAACGAACCACUGACAGAAAGUCUUACGGCCAGAAAAUCUUCGAAGGUCGGGUUCGAAGCUCUGUGGUGCAUCUUAGUUGUUUCCACGACACGAAGAUGUUGGUGAGUCACAUGGAUGGAACGGUACGUCCCGUAUAUCGGUCGGUGACUUUUUCUCUUUUCUAUGACAACAAUUACCUACAGCUCUGCGCCCUUGAUCUUCGCUACUCCACCGCGGCAAGAGAACCGAUCGUGGAGUUCCGUGGACAUGUGAACAGGCUCAGUAGGACAUUGGGUGUUGCUGUUGAUCCUUGUGAAGAUUUUUUGUAUGCUGCUGGGGAAGACGGGCGGGUCCGGGGGUGGUCUUUGCGUACUGGGGGUGAUGCGUUUUGGAAUGUGCCUGGUCCUGGGAGUUUAGAGCCGAUUGUCGCGUUGCAGGUGACGAAGGAGAAACGGGAUGGAAUUUGUUUGUGGGCUGCUGGGGGGAGGGUUCUGGGGAGGGCAGGAGUAUGCGAGACAUAG